AUGUCUACCCUUUUUUUGAUAGGAAUGCAUGAGAUUGAAAAGUCCGAAACAAUUGCACGGAAUGAAGACUUAUUUGAUAGAAUAGUUGAGCUUCAAGACUUGGACUCUUUAAUGAUCAAUUUGUAUAAGGAUAGGGUCUCGCCUUUCCCCAACGCUCAUAAUUUUGAGACUGGCGUGUCCUUGGUUCUGUAUGAUCCUUCUAAACUCCAAUUACCUGUGCGGCAAUUGGAUGUUUUGUUCAAGCGAUUUUUCCCAUCUUUUAAUAUUAGCGCGAUAGAUCAUACACACGAGGAGAAUCUACAGCCUCUUAAAAGCAUUGGACGUGAAAAUAGCAUCUGCGGUAACAGGAUAACAAGGAUCAAUCAUUGGAUGUAUCAUCACCAUGACGACACUUCAGACGGUUUUACCAAAGCAAAUUUCAGUACGAAUAAUGAAAAUACCCUGCCAUCUCAAGCAUGCCAAGCAAAUAUCUAUACAUUAUUAUUGCAUCUGAACUAUUCCAAAGCACAACAUUUACAAAAGGCAUCUGUGCCAAGGUUGAUACGGAACAUCGAGUUCAUGUCUUUCUUAUCGGAGCCAAUAGAAAAACUUUCUCAGGACAAAUCGUAUUACUGGAACAUUUUAUCGACUUGGAAAUUUUGUGCUUUAUCGUUAAGCACUCAAGAAUUGAUUUGGUGCGGGUUCACACUUAUCAAAAAGUUAUCUAAAGAUGCAAACGUACUCAUUGCAGAUAACAAACUUCUACUAUUAUUAUUUACUUUGGAGUCGUCCUACCACCAAGUUAACAAAUUCCAUAAUUUCAGGCAUGCCAUUGAUGUUAUGCAAGCCACAUGGCAAUUGUGUACAUAUCUUCUUCCGGAUAACCCUGUGCAUACGUUGUUAUUGUGUAUGGCUGCCAUUGGUCAUGAUGUUGGUCAUCCAGGGACAAAUAACCAGUUGUUGUGUAACUGUGAAUCGGAGGUUGCCGAAAGUUUCAAAAAUGUUUCCAUCCUGGAAAAUUUCCAUAGGGAAUUAUUUCAACAAUUAUUAUCAGAUCAUUGGCCUCAACUGUUAGCUAUUUCGAAGAAACAAUUUGAUUUCAUCUCCGAGGCCAUUUUAGCGACUGAUAUGGCAUUGCAUUCUAAAUAUGAGGAUAGAAUAACGCGCGAAAAGCCAAUGAAACAAAUUACUUUAAUAUCUUUAAUAAUCAAAGCUGCUGACAUAUCAAAUGUGACAAGACCAUUGUCUAUAUCAGCACGUUGGGCAUACCUAAUUACCUUAGAAUUCGGUGACUGUGCUCUUUUGGAAUCAUUUCAUAAAGAUCAUCGUCCAGAGCAGGAUUGCUUUGGUGAUUCAUAUAAGAACAUUGAUACUGCAGAAGAAGAUUUGGACUCCAUUCAAAAUAUGUUAACAAGUGUGACUAAUGCUGAUGACAUUAUUAAAGAACACCCGUAUAUUCCCAAUGGCCAAAUAUUUUUCAUCAAUACGUUCGCUGAAGUAUUUUUUAAAGCAUUAAGUCAAAAAUUUCCAAAUUUGAAAUUUCUAAGCGAAAACGUUGAAGCCAAUAAAGAGUAUUGGAUGAAACACACAAACAAGAAACAAAAAUAG